ACUGCAGGGUGGAGUUUAACGUAGCGCCUCAAAGCAACGGUGCAGAAAUCACUUCUGUUCUGACAUUACAUACCAGCAUUUACUCAACACAAACUUUCUGCUGGGGGACAGGGAUUGCUAACGUAUUGGUUAUUGUCCGAAGGAGGACAGCUAGCGAUCGAAGAAAGCUGAGGAGUAGCAGUGGCACAGUCCCGUAGUGUCAGUCAUGGUGGCGCUGUCGCUGAAGAUCGGGGUGGGGAAUGUGGUGAAGACCAUGCAGUUCGAGCCCUCCACCAUGGUGUACGACGCCUGUCGCAUCAUCAGGGAGAGAGUUCCAGAAGCACAGCUCGGCCAGCCCAGUGACUAUGGCCUCUUCCUGUCAGAUGAGGACCCAAAGAAAGGUAUUUGGCUAGAAGCAGGCAAAGCCCUGGACUACUACAUGCUAAGAAAUGGGGACACUCUGGAGUACAAAAAGAAACAGAGACCCCUGAAGAUCCGCAUGUUGGAUGGAACUGUUAAAACAGUCAUGGUGGAUGACUCAAAAAUCGUCAGUGACAUGCUAAUGACCAUCUGUGCCAGAAUAGGCAUCACAAACUAUGACGAGUACUCACUGGUGCGUGACGUGGGAGAGGAAAAGAAGGAAGAGACCACAGGGACACUGAAAAGAGACAAGACCCUCCUGAGGGAUGACAAAAAAAUGGAGAAGCUCAAACAGAAACUUCACACAGAUGAUGAGCUGAAUUGGUUGGAUCAUGGGCGGACUCUGCGAGAGCAGGGUGUAGAGGAGUCUGAGAUGCUGCUUCUCAGAAGAAAGUUCUUCUACUCGGACCAGAAUGUAGAUUCCAGGGACCCGGUACAGCUCAACUUGCUCUAUGUGCAGGCCCGUGAUGACAUCCUGAAUGGCUCCCACCCCGUCUCUUUCGAUAAGGCAUGCGAGUUUGCUGGAUACCAGUGCCAGAUCCAGUUUGGAGACCACAAUGAGUCAAAACACAAACCUGGAUUUCUAGAUUUGAAAGAAUUCCUGCCCAAAGAGUACAUCAAGAACAAGGGGAAAAAGAUCUUCCAGGCACACAAAAACUGCCAAAACAUGACCGAGAUUGAGGCCAAAGUCAGCUACGUCAAACUGGCCAGAUCUCUAAAAACCUAUGGAGUGUCCUUCUUCUUAGUCAAGGAAAAAAUGAAAGGAAAGAAUAAGCUUGUUCCACGUUUGUUGGGCAUCACUAAAGAGAGCGUAAUGAGAGUGGACGAGAAGACCAAAGAAGUGAUGCAGGAAUGGAGUCUGACCAACAUCAAACGCUGGGCGGCUUCUCCCAAAAGCUUCACCCUGGACUUUGGAGACUAUCAGGAUGGUUACUACUCUGUUCAGACCACUGAAGGAGAGCAGAUUGCACAACUCAUCGCUGGUUACAUCGACAUCAUUCUCAAAAAGAAAAAGAGCAAAGAUCACUUCGGCCUGGAAGGCGAUGAGGAGUCAACUAUGCUGGAAGACUCGGUAUCUCCCAAAAAGUCAACAGUUCUUCAGCAGCAGUUUAAUAAAGUUGUGAAAGUGGAAACGGGCUCCGUUGCUCUGCCGGCCAUCAUCCGCUCUGGUGCAGGUGGUCCAGAGAGCUUUCAAAUGGGCUCCAUGCCACAGGCCAAACAGCACAUCACCAGUGGGCAGAUGCACAGAGGACACAUGCCGCCUCUGACCUCAGCUCAGCAGGCUUUGACCGGCACCAUUAACUCCAGUAUGCAGGCGGUACAAGCAGUUCAGGCCUCUCUUGAUGAGUUUGACGCCCUGCCUCCACUGGGCACUGAUGCGGCCUCUCAAGCAUGGAGGAAGAACAAAAUGGAUGAGUCCAAACAUGAGAUUCAUUCUCAGGUGGACGCCAUAACUGCGGGAACUGCCUCUAUGGUCAAUCUGACUGCAGGAGACCCAGCAGAGACGGAUUACACCGCUGUGGGCUGUGCAGUCACCACCAUCUCCUCCAACCUGACCGAGAUGUCUAAAGGUGUGAAACUGUUGGCAGCGCUGAUGGAGGACGAGGAGGAAAUGGCCAGCAGUUUGGGUGCUGCCAAGAACCUGGCGUGCGCUGUGUCCGAUAUGCUCAAGACCGCUCAGCCCUCUAAUACUGAGCCACGACAGAACCUCCUGCAAGCAGCGGGUAAUGUGGGUCAGGCCAGUGGUGAACUCCUGCAGCAGAUCGGAGAGUCUGAUGCUGAUCAGCACUUCCAGGACAUGUUGAUGCAGUUGGCAAAGGCUGUGGCUAAUGCAGCGGCGGCUCUGGUGUUAAAAGCCAAGAAUGUGGCUCAGAAAACAGAAGAUUCAGCUCAACAGAACCGAGUGAUUGCCGCUGCCACCCAGUGUGCCCUGUCCACGUCACAGCUUGUGGCCUGCACCCGAGUGGUGGCUCCCACCAUCAGUUCCCCUGUGUGUCAGGAGCAGCUCAUCGAGGCCGGGAAGCUGGUGGCUAAGUCUGUGGAGGGUUGCGUGGAGGCGUCACAGGGCGCGACCAAUGACGAGCAGCUGCUCAAACAGGUGGGUGUGGCCGCCACAGGUGUCACUCAGGCUCUCAACGAGCUGCUGCAGCAUAUCAGACAAUACGCCAGCGGAGGACAGCCAAUCGGACGGCGCGGAGAGGCCACUGACCGCAUCCUGGAUGUGACCGAUAACAUCUUCAGCUCCAUGGGAGACGCAGGGGAGAUGGUGCGACAGGCUCGGAUCCUUGCUCAGGCCACCUCAGAUUUAGUCAAUGCCAUCAAAGCCAUUGCGGAGGGUGAAACCGACCUGGAGAACUCCCGCAAACUUCUGUCUGCUGCCAAACUCCUGGCUGAUGCCACCGCCAAGAUGGUAGAAGCUGCGAAGGGUGCGGCUGCUAACCCUGACAGUGAGGAGCAGCAGCAGAAGCUGCGUGAAGCUGCGGAGGGUCUGCGCAUGGCCACCAAUGCUGCUGCACAGAAGCGCCAUUAAAAGAGGCUGGUCAACAAACUGGAGAAUGCAGCCAAACAGGCGGCUGCAGCUGCCACUCAGACGAUUGCUGCCGCGCGCGAAUGCGCCUCUUCCAACAAGAACCCUGCUGCCCAGCAGCAACUCGUGCAGAGCUGCAAGGUGGUGGCAGAUCAGAUCCCUCAGCUAGUUCAGGGUGUGAGAGGAAGUCAAGCUCAGCCUGACAGCCCCAGCGCCCAGCUCGCCCUGAUUGGAGCCAGUCAGAACUUCCUCCAGCCCGGAGCGAAAAUGGUGACUGCAGCAAAAGCCACGGUUCCCACCAUCAGUGACCAGGCAUCUGCCAUGCAGCUCAGUCAGUGCUCCAAAAAACCUGGCUAGCGCUCUGCUGAGCUGCGCACCACGCGCAAAAAGGCUCAGGAAGCAUGUGGUCCUCUGGAGAUUGAUAAUGCUCUCACAAUGGUACGGGCUGAGAGGGACAUGCAGGAGGCCAAAGCUUCAGCUGCUGAAGGCAAACUCAGACCCCUGCCUGGAGAAACGCUGGAGAAGUGUUCUCAGGAUCUGGGCUCUAGCACUAAAGCCGUGAGCUCUGCUAUCGCUCAGCUUCUCAGUGAAGCCACCCAAGGCAAUGAGAACUACACAGGUAUGGCUGCUCGUGAUGUAGCCCAGGCUCUCGUUCACUGGCCGGCUGCACGUGGAGUGGCCGCCAACACGGAGGACCCUCAUGCCCGUAAUGCCAUGCUGGACUGCACCGCAGAUGUCAUGGACAAAUCAGCCAGCCUGAUCGAGAGACCAAGAGCCAUCGCCAAACCGGGAGACCCUGACAGCCAACAGAGACUGGCCCAGGUAGCUAAGGCAGUGUCUCAGGCUCUGAACCGCUCCGUAAACUGUCUGCCGGGGCAGAGAGACGUGGAUAAUGCCAUCAGAACUGUAGGAGAAGCCAGCAAGAAACUCCUGUCUGAUAAAGUGAUGGGAAAGAGUUUCCAGGAGGCUCAGGCGAAUCUGAACGAGGCAGCAGCUGGACUGAACCAGUCAGCCAAUGAGCUGGUGCAGGCGUCAAUGGCACCACCAGGACCUGGCAAAGCCUCCGGGAAGUUCGGACAAGACUUCAAUCACUUCCUGCAGGCUGGAGUGGACAUGGCUGGACAAUCCCAGUCUAAAGAGGACCAGACUCAAGUGGUUACCAACCUUAAGACCAUCUCCAUGUCCUCCAGCAAACUUCUGCUGGCUGCUAAAGCUCUGUCCACAGACCCCAACUCACCCAACCUGAAGAACCAGCUAGCUGCUGCCGCUCGGUUAGAAUCAGAUAUCUUCUGCUGUUCAAUUCAUGUUUUGUCAUCAAUGGUGACAGACAGCAUUAAUCAGCUGAUCAGCAUGUGUACCCAGCAGGUCUCCGGGACAAAGGAGGUGACAACGCUCUCCGCGGUUGGGGAAUGCUGGAGAAUCCCACAGGAAGCGGUCAAUGAUUUGGGCUACUUUGACUGCAUUGACAGUGUGAUGGAGAACUCAAAGGUUUUGGGUGAGGCUAUGGCUGGCAUUUCCCAUAAUGCCAAGAACAGUAACUUGCCAGAAUUUGGAGACUCAGGUGUGUCUGACCCGGCCAGUCACGGCUGGCAAGUAAAGUGGCUUAUGGACUCUCUCAUGAACAAGCGUCAGGCUCUCGAUGGGCCUUUAACCAGGAGAACAGACAAAGUGUGUAAGGAAGCCACUGGGCCGCUCACAUCCGAGGGAGCUGUGGAUAACCUGACCGCCUUCGUAAACCCAGAGUUUGCUAAGCCGCGUGUCCGAAGAUCUGAACAGCCAGCAGCAGAUGGCGUCCUGGAUCAAACUAAGAUAAGCGGGGUCUGCCCUACAGAUACUCUACACUGCAAAGAGGCUGGAGGAAACCACCGAAAGGCGGCGGCCAGUGCUGCAGGAGGCGGUGGGCGGCAUGGUCAACUCCAUCACUCAGCCAUCAAUAAGAUGGAAGGCGGUCCUGGAAUGGAACGCAGAGCGUUUGUGGAUUAUCAGACCACGAUGGUGAAAGCGGCCAGCUAUCGCUGUCACCCGUUCAGAGAUGGUAAAAACCGUGCUGGAACAAUCGGUUCUCACAUCAGGAAGCAGGUGACAGAGCUGGGCUACAGCUGCACUGGUCUGGUCAGUAAGCAGGGAGCACUGCAGUGCAGUCCAGCGACUCCACCACCCAAAAAGGAGCUCCUUCGACAGUGCUCGGAGAGUCUCGGGUGUCUCACGUGCUGCCGCGGCGGCUCUUCAGAGCGGGCAAUGCGUGAUGCUCAGGCUUACCAUUACGCUGCCAGUGCUGUUUCUGGCAUCAUUGCGAUCUGGACACCACCAUCAUGUUUACCACCGCGUGCUCUCAACCCGAAGCGCGAGACCUUUGCAAUACAGGGGCUUAGUCAGGAGAAACUGGCUCAGAGCUGCACAGUCGUCUAUUUAACCUACAUCACUAAACUGGCUGAUGUGGAUUUCAAGCGCAGUGUUUCACAUCAAGUGGAAGUCCUGGGCUGCGAGGAACCAGCAGGUCACCUGGCAUUGAGUGUCCUUGGCGGGACAUCCAUUGAAGGGGUGCAUGGUCGGUCAACAGGGAGUGAACCGCCCAUUGCCGAAGGUAAUGCGCUGACUCAGGGCUGCCCACCUGAUGGCCAGGGCCUCCUUCUCCACCUGCGUGGUUCCUCUCGGCUGGGUUCCAGCUUCACUGCUGAUGAAGAGUGCGGGAUGCUCCUCCUGCCUGGACCUGGGACAAGGACAGCUCCCAGACCCGUGCGGAAGCACAUCCGUUUGCAGGAGGAGAGCAGCGAGAAGUCCGAGCCCGGGGGCUCCAGGGUGUAUCCUCUCGGGCUGCCCCUUCCUGAAGUCACGGAGUCUGUCAGAGGCGACUAUAGAGGAGAAGUUGAGGAUAAAACGCCAGUGAUAUCGGCCAACCCCAGAAAGCGCGUGCCUGGGACUAGCAGCGCCAGCGUUCAUGUCACGACGACGAGGCUUUCGGUGGCAUGGAGUUCUCCGCAGUACCAUUUCUUAAAGCAAAUUGACGCCGUAGAUCUGCUCAGGUCCGGCGUCGGUGGGUUGCCUGACUUUAUAGUUGCAGAUGUUAGCCGUUCCAGUACGGUGCUCCCGGGUCCCUGCCGUGGCCCAGAAACUUACAGGCCUGGUGGGGACCAGAACCGCGACUUGAUAGCCGACGAUUCGCGGCUGGCGGGCGGUUGUAGUGGCGUUGCUACAGGCUCUGGGCCUCCGUCAUGUGUUCCCGUGCUGGGGGCAUCACCGUUCGAUCCGGUCCGCGCCUGGCCUGGGCGUGUUCGGCGACCUGCGACCUCUGGGUCGCGGCUGCUGCUGCUGUUCCCAGGCCUCUGUGUCCCGCCAAUGGAUGGGCGUGGGCCAGUUCUGUCUCGUAUCCACAGCGGCUUUCCAGGAUACACCAACAGAAAAACACCUCACUCGCGAGCGGCGACCAAACGUUACGAUGUGAAGUCACCCGGGAGAGGGAUGGGGCUGGGCGGACUUCCUCCUAGGAAGCGCGCCAAUCCCAGCAGUGUUUUGUAUCAUCGUCCCGUUGAGCUUGACCGAAUGGGCCUCAGUUAUCGACAGAGCGUUUGGGGCGUGGGCAGGAGGCCUUGGCGGGCUGGAUGCCAGGCGGCAGCACGCUGCAGAGUCCAGGGCGGCGUUAACUUGCGCCCGUUUGGCGAUGGGGGCGGCAGCGCCUGUGAGCUUUACUCUGGUGUAACCCACAGCCCUUCGCCAGCCUGGGUUCCCAGAGGCUGGGGUGGUAGAAGCUUCCGUGGGCAUGGGUUCGUCCCCUUUACUGCAGGCCGCGCCCGCUCUGCACUGGCAGCAGGUACCCUCCGGCCUUGCUGCUCUGGGGUGCCCUCCAGGAAAAGGUGGCUUCGCUCCAGCUCCCUGCGAUUAACUGCCAGCUCGGCCGCUACUAACUCCGAGGGCGUCGGGGAUUGCAUGCGACCUGCGCCUGGCGGUAGGAUCGAAGAAACCGCGAGAGCGGUCGAUGACCACCCUCUCAAGCGAUCUGGCGGGGUGGGUCUGAUCAGUAAUGUUGGGGCUAAACGGGUGAGCUGGCGACUUGAGCCGGGCGGUGAGGCGUCGGGUGAGCAGCCAGUCGAGAACCCCUGGGCUGCGCAGAUCGGAGGUCGAGCCGACCCUUCGAGGAUCUCCGUUUCAGAGUGCGUCAUAGUUAUGCAGCCAGGUCAGCGGCAGCAUAGAAGCUGCUGCGCUUCUCCAGUUAACUUAAGCCAGGGUGUGCGUGCCCACUGCCGGCGAAUCCCAUCCUUCCGUGUGGCGACAUUCACCGGGUAUCACCAAAAAUCUGGGUGCGUCAUGGCUGAGUGUUUCCAGGAAGGUGAUGUGUUCAGCAGUCCAGAUCCUCUCCUCCCAAAGGCCGCCACUCCAGAGGAGUUCAUCCAUGACAGCCAAAGGCAUCACGUUCAGCGGCAUUCCGGUGACCGAGAUCUUCGAGCUCAGGCACUGCGUGGCUCUGAGUGCCAGGAUACACAGCUGCUGCAGACAUCUGCUGAAGUGAUCAUUCAGAAACCAAGUCAUGACCUUAAGCAGCAGCUGGCAAACUUCUCCAAGCGCGUGGCCGGUUCAGUGACAGAGCUCAUACAGGCUGCAGAGGCCAUGAAAAGCUCAGGACCCGACCGUCAUACGCCGAAAAAUGAGCUGCUGGGAGCCGCAGCUGCCAUUGAAGCUGCCGCUAAGAAACUAGAGCAGCUCAAACCCCGGGCCAAACCCAAGGUCAAGGCAAUCCCAGCAAACGCAGUGGAUGAUGGACAGUGGUCACAGGGUCUCAUUUCUGCUGCACGUAUGGUGGCUGCAGCUACGAACAACCUGUGUGAAGCGGCUAACUCUGCGGUUCAGGGUCACGCCAGCGAGGAGAAACUCAUUUUGGCCAAACAGGUGGCAGCAUCCACCGCUCAACUGCUGGUGGCCUGUAAGGUCAAGGCUGACCAGGACUCCCAGACCAUGAAGAGACUGCAGGCUGCAGGUAAUGCCGUCAAGAGGGCGUCAGAUAACCUGGUGAAGGCGGCGCAGAAGGCUGCGUUCGAGGCCCAAGAUGAUCAGGCCGUGAUGGUGAAGAGCAAGAUGGUAGGCGGUAUCGCUCAGAUCAUCGCCGCUCAGGAAGAGAUGCUCAGGAAGGAGAGAGAGCUGGAGGAAGCCAGGAAGAAGCUGGCCAUGAUACGACAGCAACAGUACAAGUUCCUGCCGUCAGAGCUCAGAGAGGACGGACAGGAACAGUGAGCCGCGCCAGAGACUAAUCAGUGACAUUGAGAGCUCGAGAAAAGUCAUCAACGAUAUGCAAUGAGUAAAAAGUGAACUAUGUAUCAGGAUGUCUAUUUUAAGUGUUUUGUUUAUUUCCGUCACUUUUUUGGAGAAUUGCCAUGCCAGCUUUAUUGUUUAGUUGUAUUUGGAUAAAGCAUAUACAAAUCCUUUUUAAUGUCUAUAUUAUUUUUCUUCAGUACUAGAUAGGUCAGAUCAGCAGUGUGUGUUUUGAAAGCUCGUGAUCGUGGCAGGGGCCAAACAGUGUUUGUAAGCUUUUCAAGACAAAAUUUGUACUUUUUCAAUUUUUUUUUUUUUUUUUUUUUUUUGGCAAUUUUUUUGUGGCAAUUUGGACCAGCAGUGCAAUGAUUAACUUUGCGUCGAAACAAUUCACGGAGAAAACAUAUCAUUUUCUAAAUAAAAGAAUAAUAAAGCUUUGAAAUGUUACAAUAGCAUCUCCUGUUAAUGUUUUGUCGAUGUUUGCUUUUGUGACAACUUGGUCUGCUAGCGAAUGAUAUCUUUUAUAACGCAUAAAAGCCAUAUUUA